AUGAUACGACUAUUGCACUACCGCAUCCACACAACUUGCAUCAGAAGCAUACUUAUCCAUAGUAGACACAAUGCCACUGCAGCGUAUAUUCGAACGACACCUUAUUCAGAUAAGUACUAUCAGCCAAUCAUUGCCGAGGGUGCAGAUGGGUUCGACAAGUUGGUAAUCCCCAUAGAUUUUUGUGCAGACAACCAGAACCUUGUAGAGUAUGAGGAUCAGGAGAAACUAGAAGGGAUUGUGAAAAGUUUCCAUGCACCAAUGGAAACCGCGAUUGGGUAUGGAUCGGGAGUGCUUCCGCAAGAUGGAUACCCCGUUGAUGCAGGUACAGCCACUGACACUGAUACCUCCAUUGACACCGCCACUGACACCUCCACUGCCAUUGACACCGCCUCAACCUCAGCCUCAACCACAGCAGCAAUGGGGACCUCCAAGUCAGAUGCAGAUCCAAAGCAAAUGGACUUUAUCUUUGUUGUUAAAAACUCAGCAUCAUUCCAUAAGGAGAACUUGUUACAAAAUGCAAACCACUACUCGUCCAAGUCGCUUAUGUGGAUCAACUAUAUCCAGGGCAAGGGCAUCUACUUUAACCCGUAUGCAUCUAUCAACAAUCAUCUCACAAAGUACGGUAUCAUUGAGCGGAAGUCAGCAAUGAUGGACUUGAGUGAAUGGUCUUCGUUAUAUUUUGCAGGAAGGUUGCAAAAACCGGUCAAUUUCGUCAAGGACGACGAUAUCAUGUUGAAGUUUCUUAACCAGUACAAUUUGAAGAAUGCCAUGACUAUUGCCAUUUUCCUCAUUGAGUCCAACUCGUUCACCGAGAGGCAAUUGUACGAGCAGAUCACCAACUUGUCGUACUUGGGUGAUUUUAGAAUGUACAUUGGCGGAGAGAACCCGCACAAGGUAAAGAACAUUGUUUCCAAGCAGUUUCACCACUUUAAGAAACUAUACGAUCCGAUAUUGCAGUAUUUCAUCCACCGAAAUUACUUGGUAAUUACAGACAAUGACGAGACAAACAGAACGUUCAAGACCAACCUCAAUCCAAGUUCCAAGAUCAAGCUAAUAUCGUGUUUGCCAUUGAAGUUUAGAACCCAAUUGUAUAGCAGGUAUCCUGAAUCGUCGAUCAAGGAUAUUGUCAAGGACCGCGAGUUGGCCAAUAAUCUUCGGAAAUUGAUUGCAAAGACCAUUGCGUACAGUUCGCUCGUGCAAGCUGUAAAGGGUGUUUUCACUGCGGGUGUGAUGAAAUCAGCGAAAUAUGCUUUGGCGAAGAGGAAGAAGUCUGCGAGUGUAUUGGUGGCGAAAUAG